AUGAGUCCAAAAGUGAUACUACUGUUUAGUGGUAAAAGAAAGUGCGGCAAGGAUUAUUUGACAGAUCAUUUAAAAGAGAAGCUUGAUGAUUUAUGUGAAGUUAUCAAAAUAUCUCAACCUAUUAAGAGUCAUUGGGCCAAGGAGAAAAACUUAAGUCUGAAAGACUUACUGAGUGAUGGUGAAUACAAAGAGUUGUUUAGAUUAGAAUUGAUCAAAUGGAGUGAAGAGAUGAGAGAUAAGGAUUAUGGAUAUUUUUGUAGAGCUGCCUGUCAAAAUGCUGCCGAUAAACCAGUUUGGAUUGUGAGUGACAUAAGACGGAAAACAGACAUCAAAUGGUUUAAAGAAACAUAUGGAGAUUGCAGUUCCUUGAAGACAAUUAGAUUGACGGCAGACUUGGAGACGAGGGAACAAAGGGGUUAUAAAUUUGCCGCAGGUAUUGAUGAUGCAACAUCGGAGUGUGAUUUAGAUGAUUUUAAUGAAUGGGACCUUGUUAUAAACAAUGGCAAGUUAAGAGAUACAUUAGAACAACAGUUGAAUAGUAUUAUGACAUUGUUGCCAACCUUAUAA